UCAAUUUCAAAUGCCCCCAUUUCUAAUUUACCCAAUCUUCCCUGCAUCCAUAAUGGCAAUUUUCAAAUCAACACAAUCACCUUUGGGUUGGCCCCUCUCUUCUCCAAUUUUUUCACCCCCUUUUCCCACCCAUUUUCCCCCAUCGCAAUUUCCCCAUUCUCUCCCAUCUCCUCAAAUGGACCCAUUCUUCCCCAGCCCACCACAAUGGCAAUUUCAAAUCACGAUCACCUUAGGGUGGCCCCAAAUUGCCCCCUUUCCCCACCCAUUUUCCCCUUGGCAAUUUCCCCACUCUCUCCCAUUUCCAAAUGGACCCAUUCUUCCCAACACCCAUAAUGGCAAUUUUCAAAUCAAAAUUGCGCGGGCCCAUUUACAAUAGGCCACUCUUUCCAAAUUGCCCAUCUUUCCCAUUAGCAGAAAAAAUCAGUAAAGACUGUGCAUAUUGG